AUGGCACAUUUCGAACAAAUAGUUUUUAAAGUUCAAAUAAAAUUUACAAUUAGAAGUGAAUUCAAAGUGGAGAGUUGGAAAAUGGCAAAGGAAAGUCGGUUGAAAACUUAUUUCAGAGCAACAACACUUCAUGGGUUUGCAUAUCUUGCAAAUAAAAGAAAUUCGUUAGCAGAAAAAAUAUUUGGGAUUUUCGUUCUGGUUGUUUCCAUCGGUUGCAAUAUUAUUUUAGUGAUGAAGCUUUUUGAAAGGAUUGAAUCAAAUCCUACAAUUAUGUAUCGAUCCAAUGUUGCAACACAAGUGACUGACAUUUCUUUUCCUGCUUUGACUUACUGUUCAUCAACUCUGAAAGAUUCGUCAAGUAGAAAUACUGCAUUGGUUAGGACUGCUUGGAAGUUAAUAACUGAUAAUGAUACAUGGGAAGAUGUUCAUACUAUUCAGCCAGAAAUUACAAAACACAUCUCCAAAUUAAUUGAAGGCAAUGUCUUCUCGUCCUUAUGGUUCCGUGGAAGUUGGUUGAAUAGUUAUUUAGUAGAAAUAAGGAGAUCUUUAAUGUCAUGUGGAAUUUGUCAAACAAUCAACUUAGCCGAUAUUAAUGAUGUCAUAAAUUCAAGCAAUGUUUCUCACGCUUUUAAUUUCGCGAAGUUAGAGAAGCUUCAUUUGAGUUUUAAUGGAGAUGAUGCGUUUUUGGAUGAAGCUCUGGAGAUAUAUCCUUGGAAAACAAAUAAUUAUGGUUCUGGUAUUCGAGGACUCAUCAAAACCGAACCAACAAAGAAAGCUGGAAAUGGAUUCAUCAUUUUUAUUCACAAUCCUUAUGAAUUGCCUUAUGAAGGUCAUCAACAAAUGAUUCUGAAUGAGGAAGAAAAGGUAACUUUUCUCGUAGAACCUCGUUUGAAGAUCUUAGACGAGUCUUUGAUGAAUUUACCAAAUGAAAAGCGCAAUUGCUAUCUGAAGGACGAAAAGAAACUUUUCAUGUUCAAAGUCUAUACGAAGCAUAAUUGUCAACACGAAUGUUUGUGGUUUUAUAUUCGAGAUCAAUGCGAUUGCAUUCCGUUUUACAUGUUUCUAAGUCCUUCGACAACAAUUUGUUCUGUUGAUAAAAAGAAAUGUUACAAAGAAGCACAUAAAACCUUUUGGGAACUUCCACCAGAAUUCUGCAAUUGUUUGGAUUUAUGUGAGAAUCUCGAAUAUAUCAUCGAGAAACGCAAAUCUUUAUUCAUUAAAGAUAUAAUAGAAGAGCGACUGGACAAUAUACCAAAAUCUUUUAUUUCUAUUCGGUUCAAGAACGAAGAAUUUUAUCCUUUAGUGACCAGCAGUUUCAUGUCAUCUAUUGAUAUAAUUUCCUACAUUGGUGGUUACUUGGGAUUAUUUCUUGGCUUCUCUUUUCUUUCUUUGAUGGAAAUUAUUUAUCAUGUUUUCAUCAAAACCACUUCUGAAAGUUGCAGAAAAAGUGAAAAAAGUGAAAAACAAAAAGGAAAUGAAGAAGAUUCAAGCAAUUUAUUUUCUUCUUUUAUGAAAGAAUCAUCGAUCCAUGGCUUGCUUGGCACGCAGGGAGUCAUGACUGUGAUGGAUAACCCAAUGAGCGUCUCAGAAAUUCCGUUUCCUGCUGUCACAUUUUUCACUCAGCAUCCUAGAUCCGAUAUAGAAAAACCCGUAGGAAAAAUGUUGAACAUAAUAUUAUCAGAUGAUUUCAACGAUACUCAUGCAUGGCAUGCACAUAAAAUUUUUAAAGGGUGA